CAAAGGUGUAACCCUUCUGCACUUACCGUUUUUUAUUGGAAGGAAAACACGAAUUGAUUCUCUUUAGCUGCGCUCGAGCAACGUGCGUUUCAUUCUCGUAGAAUUCCGUGUAGCAUCUUUACGGUGCUGCGGUUUGCGGUUUUUUUUCUUCGUUCACACUUAACGCUACAUCUUUUCCGUUUUUUUUAUUCUACCCCUUGUUCGCGUUUUUUUGGGGGGUCUUUUAUUAUAGCAAGUGAGAGAGACAAAAUAGUAAAACAGAAAAAAAAACUAUCAGUGCAAAGAGUAGUGUAUGCGCCACCUGGCAGCAAGACGAGAGAAAAAAAUAUAUAGACGAUCGUACCGUGGGCCGAUCAAUAGCGGUGAAGUGUGAAAUAUCGGAAACCUUCCCCUCCCAACGAAUGGAAAACGCACCACCAACAGCUCAGGUGGACGGUGGUGCCAACCAGUGCUCCUAUCGAGGCCAACGGGAGUUUUAAGAGCCUCCGUGCACCCGCGUACUUGCCUGUCCGUGUGUGUGUGAGUGUUUGUGUGCAUAAGAGAGUGUUACGUGCGCUUUUCCCGAGGUUUUUCCAUCCAUAAACGUGUGCGGGGUUUGAGGGUGCUAGGUGUGGUUUGGCGAAGAAAAGAAGUGUACGUAUAUGGUGAUUGUGUGUUGUGGAAAAUACAAAGUGUAAUUGAUAAAUGUAGGCUCAAGCAGUGGCGCAGGUUCCGUCGCCGUACGCCGUAUUUCCCUCCUCGGUUCUAGGCGUGGUGGAAAAACACCAAAUGAAAAGCCGCCCAGAAUAGUGUUAAUCAGCGCGAGCGUGUGUUUGAUUUUUUUUUUCAUGUUCGGUUGUGUGUAAUUUUUAUUUCUCGAUCUGUUCUUUAUGUGUUAGAUUGUUGAAGUGAGAAACAAGUUUUUUUUGUUUACUAUUUGGUAUAAUUUUCUACAAAUUUACCACCCCAUACGAGGUGGUGUUACAACGGGUUAAGAACAGUGAAGCUAUUCUGUGUAGCCCCAAACCUGGUGCAGCUGCAACAUUUUCAAGCGGAACGGAAACAUCAUCAAACCGCCAAGAUGUCAGCGGGUUUGAUGUCGUGUGUGCGCGAAAACUCGCCACCAUUGGAUAACGUUCCCGCCCAAGUGCAAGACAUACCGAUCACGAUCACAACACCGGAAACAGCGGCACCAACCAACGCCAGCGAUACUACCAAACGGAAACGGUUCCAUCCGCUACGUAACCUACGCCGGAUCUUUCGUCGCCGUACCGUAUCGUCAGCCGACCGUGCUCCGGGCCAGCUCGGUGCGAAAGGGCCCACCCACAUACACUUUGCCACGCCCGGCUGUUCGACGACCGAUGCAACGCUGCCGCGGACCGGUUUCGGCGUCCCGAUCACUAUUCGCAACGAGUCCGUCUCCAGUACGGCACCGGGCACUUCCCAGGCCGGGACGGGUGCGUAUUUCAAGCGCGAAACCUACCGGCUACGGAACUCCGAUGAUCUAGACAAGGAGAUGUCCGAUUACCAGCGCAGUCUAAGCGAAGGUCGACUGGUGGAUAGUGACAUCAGCCGUGAUGGACUUUCACAAUCACACGAUAGUGUUUUCUCCGAAUCUGCCGGCACAGCUAGCAGUCUAUCGAUUACGCUAAAGAACGAACUAGCAGACGUGUUGCGCAAGCGAAGGAAAGAUCGACAGGGAGAAGUGUCGGACGAAGAUCUCGGACUGCCUAUGAGUCCCAUCACACCGCAGCGCAAAGAUCGCGGUAUGAACAAAAGUGAAGGAUCGCUUAGCAUUCUGAGCAUGACGAGCUCGGACAUGGAUGAUGAUCGAUCCGCAUCGAACGCAAGCGGACACAACCUGUUGCAUCUAGAUUCGUCCACCUCCGGUUCGAUCAGUAUGAAUCGAUCGGACAAUAUGGAUGAAAGUGGUGAUUCAUCGAAACUGAGCCAUUCCGCUGCAAAACAUAAGCUUGCCGUACGACCAAAGAAAAAGGGCCCGACCAGAGCUCGAACUCGCCCAAGAGAGUCAACCCUGUUGCCAGCGACGCCUGAAGUGAACGAGGAAUCGUUGAAACUAUCCUCCACAAAUAUUGCUUCCAACUUUUCACCAGCAAAAGAAGCAAGCGAGAAGGCCCAUUCGCUGCCGUACGGAAUUAUGCCACCCAGCACAUCAACACCGCUAUCAUCACACCCGAUGCCAAGAUCGCCCUCCAAAGAAAUCAGCACAUCGAAACUAUCGGUCGGUGACGCACCAACGAGUUCCUCAAUAUACGUCAACAGGAACAUUUCCAAGAGCCACGAGUUUGAGCGUACGUCCGAGCAUCACCUUACGGUGGAGGGAACGGGAACCGUCACCUCGCGAAAGGAAGACGAUGGAUUCUUCAAGCGUAUUCUGAACUACAGCUUCAAGAAGAAGAAGCACGAAUCGGGUAAGGAGGAGCCACCGUCGGUAACCGCUUCUCCUCGGAAGGAAGAUAACACGAGCAGUGUAUACAUUAGCUCGGGUGAUCCAGCCAUCACCGACUGCAUGCCUACGGAGCAGAUAAUGAAACUGUCGCUGGUAGUCGGUGAGCCGGAACUGGGUGAGCUGAGUGGAUACAAAAAAAUCAAAUCCGGUCCAGCGGCACGACAACGUGUCUUUCCGAAGGACAUCUUCUCAGCUGAAGAGCGUGAAGCGAAUGCUAGGGAGCAGCAGCAACAGCACACACAACGAUACUCUUCAAACGUGGAAGUUAAUCGACAGUCUGUCGCAUCGUCCGGCAGUGGCCAUUCGCUUACAAUUGGUGAAGGAAAGGUGCCGUUGCACAAGAGCGAGGAGUAUCUUGUUUCCAAGACACGCAAGUUCUCCGAGCGCAGUGUGGACGGUGGCGAAGGUGACGACGAAGAAAGUGAUGGCCGUAAGUACGUUAGUCACGGGGAACGGCUCAAAAGCCCGAAGGUGUACGGGUUGAGUUCGUAUCAGCAGAAACUGGCGAAAAUUUCUAUCUCAACGCAACCAGCCACCGAAACAAGCAAGGAAAGUCCCAGCAAACGAGCGAAAUCGGUUGAGAAGUCGAAAAGCUUCCGCACGUACACGGACAGUGUGUCGAACCAGCUGCAGGCGGGUGGUCAUCAGGUGCCGAGUUUACCAAACCUGAGCGCAUCGCUAUCGGUGGGUAACUUCAGCAACAAUUUCCUCGAAACCGAGCACAAAUUCUUCAGCAUGACGGAGAAUAUGAACACUGGGAAGCAGCGGGUGUUUAAGGACUACAUCAGCAAUGCUGAUGAUGAUGCAGAUUCCCGACUACUCACGUCGAGUGCUUCGUUGCAGAAGUUUGAGAUAAACGAUAACAAUCUGUUGAACCCGCGCGAAGAGUAUGUGGAUCAUCAGCCGAAGAGUAUUGUACUGACGACAAACACCUUGACACCACCCGAACCGACCAGCAUCUUGAACAAAUCGAAUCAGAACAUUUCACAGAUUGAGGAAAACAUUGACAAGCUUGUAUCGUCGCAGUUUGUCAGCAUUAUCAAGAGCUCGGAUGAGGGUAGUAGCAAUGAACGGUUAGAUGAUAUCUCCGGCCAAGUCAGUGCGAACGUACCGGAGUUCAUGAAGAUCCAGUUGAAUCGUGUCGAGGGUACGGGUCGACCAGCCAAGACGAGCAGCAUUGUGCUGACAACUUCGCCCACACCAGCUCCGCCAACUUCCCCCGCCAUUGCUAGUCCCACUGCCAGUGCUGGGCAGUACCAACCGCCAGAGGAUGCCAUAAAGCUGCAGCGACGGUUCAGCAACGAGAACAUUGAAAUCACCGAGUCGAAACCACCGCUUCCACCAUCGGUGGUGGUACGCUCCAGUAUGGUACUGGAGGCAGGUAUUCCCAAAAGCCCACCAGCCUUCCGAAAGCAGGGCAGUGUCGGUGGAACGGGAGACCUGGCCGGAACAAAGCGCAACUCGAUGAAUCUCUCACAAGACCUGAGCGACGAUCGGAAGGUGAUCCUGCAGCGCCGUACCUCGGUAACGGAGGAAAAGAUCAAGUACGAACGGCGGAUAUCAUCCUCCUCGGAGGACAUCAAGUUCGAGAAGAAAAAAUCCACCUCGGAGGAGUUGCUGGAGAAGCGUGGCAGCACUGGAAGUGGUAAUGGUAAUUCCAACUACAACAGUGGCUCGAGCAGUGGCGACGAGCUGGUAGUACUACGCAAGAAGUUCGUCGUAGGUGAGAAGGAGGGCAAAGAUAAGGAUGGCACACCGGAGUUGAUGAAGGUGUUUGCUCGGCGGUCACUAAAGUUGCGCUCGGACGAUGACUACAAGGUGACGGAUAGUGGCAAACCACUGUCCAGCAUCGACAGUGACAAGGAGAACCAAUCGAGCGAGGAAAAGUUAGAUAAGGUGGGCUUGCAGCAGUCAAAGCAAUCUCAUCAGCAACAGCAACAGCAGCAGCUGCAGCAACCGGAACUCAUCUCUACCACCCUUGUGCAGUCGGUAUCGGUAACUCCUCUGCAAGCUCCCGUCACAAAUGGAUCGCUCAAGAAUGGAUGUACCGGUACGGAUGGAACUGCGCUAAAGAAUGGCACCAAUGAGAAUGGACAGCCACCCACAUCCGGGGAACCGAUCCUACGGAAAAGCGUCACCAGCAAACCGUUCGGUGUGCCGAACCGUUUCACCAAUGGUACCAAUGGUGGACAACCACGCAAUGCAACCUCCUUUGUGGAGGUGCGCAAAACGCUUCUGCCCAGUGCAACGGUCACCGUAUCACCGGUGAACAACAAUUUUGUCAAAUCAGCCACAACGACCCCAGCAGGGCCGGAAGCUUGCGAAAACCAGUCCACCGUUAGCAAUAACAACACCAUCAACACCAACCGCCAUACGAUCGCGUCGUUAAAUCAGCUCAACAGUACGAACGGUGUUGGGGGUGCGAUCAACAACAAUGCACCAAACGCCACCAUCAUCGAGACGGACGGUGGCAAUGGUGAGAUGAACGAGUUCAAGGGCAUACUGCAGCGUCGGGCGGAGUGGGAAAAGCGAGCGAAGGAAGGAUUCAAGUAAAGGUUUGUAGGUAUUGCACACAUUUACCUGGUCUCUUGUGUAUCCUCUCCACCCCACCGAGCCAAAAACCCCAACGGAAGGAACGGUUCCAUAGCAAACUAGAACAAAAAAGUAAAAACAAGCAAUGUAAGAACUGUGUGUGUGUGUUUAGGACCAAAGCUUCUAGCCAAUAGAUAGAGGCCGCUCAGAUUACCUAGCUCUGCUGUAUAGGAUAGGGACGCCCGGAUAUUCGGAAUGUGCGGGAUCUGCUUGUCCAGUGAUUACAAUUUCGCUUCGCAUACUUCACUUUGCAUAACCAACGUAACAAAAAUAAAACACCACCACCGUACACAUCGUUAGGACCUGAGUCAUUGUGACAAAACACGCAUAUUACAUAGGACGCCUUAUUCUGUUGAAUUUGUUUGGACAUUAUGUUUAUGUGAUGCCGUUGAAUUUGUGAGGAUUCGCAGGAAAAGAGUUGAAGACCACAGUUCCAAUUUCCGCUAGUGAUUAAAGUAGAACGCGCGUAUUGAGGGAAUUGGAGUUCGGACAAGGCUAAUUGCAGAUGGUUCGAAAUUGUGAUAGAAUACAAGUGUAUGUUAAUUAAAGACGGUAAAAGAAGAAAAGAAAAAUGGAUGUCAAUCGUUGCGUAUAUGGAAUUGAAUUAGUGAGUUUGAAAGAUCCUAUCACAGGACAUCGUACGUUACUGUUCGACGUAUCCAGAAAUGUUUGUGGUUUUUAUUUACAGAGAUUAAUAGACAAGCGUUUGUACAACUAUAUAUCUUAUCGUUCGUAGAUCGAUACUCAUACCCAGCUGUUGAUCCCUAAGGUGGCUGUUUGCCGCAAUACCUGUUGGAGCUUAUUCCAGUUCUUUUUGUUUUGGCUGCUAUUGUUCGUCCUUUCGUGGAUGCCAGCCGAAGAAUGUUUUUUUUGUCGUUUACUUGUGUACAUAAAUCGUUGAUCUUCCUGAGGAAACAGUGUAAACAUGGCUGUAGCUGAUCGGUUCUUAUAUUGCACCAUUCGCUAGGUUAGAAACAUACUGCGAGUUAAGUCAAGACGCGCUGACACCAUUACCCCAUUAAGAUGAUGUUGUCCGACCCGGUAUUGUGUCACUACUUUGUUAGUGUAUAGUGGUUAAGAAAGAUUCACAUAUUGAAACUAAACACGUUACUAUCCUAGAAGGAUUCAUAUACAUAUACUCUUCUCGCUUUUACGACGAUUAAUGCUACAGCAAACCCAAAUACCACUAUUACCACCACUAACUGGACGGAAUGUUAGAGGUAAACAAAAGGAUAAGUUUAAAAAACCUGAGUGUGCAAAAAUAUAACAAAAAUAAAACAAAAAAAAACAAAACAGCAGACAGUGCUCAAUGAAACGGAAAUCAAAAAACGAGUUUUUCCUCUCUCCAAUUAAAGAAAAUAAUGGAACAGAGAUCGCGACUUUAGGACAGUGAGAACAGUUAGUGUAGAAAGUCAUUAAUUCUUUCCGCCUGAGCGAUAUUUUAUAGGUGAGGUAGACGCGCGUAAUAAGCAACGUAUUUUUCGUCCGCUGGCCGUCUUUGUUACUAGUUUUGUUUUUUUUUACAUUGUUAAGAAACCACGCCGCAAUCCGGCCGGGACGUACCGAGUCGAGGUGAAGGAUUUUUCCCCCGGUUCCGCGGACGGGUGUUAGUUAUGUGAGAAGCGAAAAAAAUCAAACCAUCAUCCCAGUUUUUCGAUAUCGAUGUAUAUGUUUAGCACCAUGAAGAGAAAUAAAUGCAACUUCCUGAACGUAAAACAAAUAA